AGGAAGACUAGCAUUAUACAAGUUAUUUGAGCAUUCCCUUAAACAGCGAGAAAAACAUAUGGUAUGCACUGCCACUAUAAAAUUUGAUGAUAGGUAUAUAUUACACAGAAUUUAUUUGAUGCUCAUUCAAGUUUACUCCAAAGUGUUUUGAACAAGGCUACUAAGAUUAAAAUCAUGUAGUUGAUGAUAAAAUUUAAAAGAAUAACGUUAUAUGUUGUAUAAAAAAUACAUAUGGAAUUGGAGAGUAGAAGAAGCCAGGAUAUAAUAGCGAGAGCUAUAUAAAACCACUUUGCAAAGAAUUGUGCGUCUUAUUCAAACCUAGAAGUCAGAUUAUGCUAAAGAAUUUAGUAUAAACAAGAAACAAAGAUUGGCAUUCAAAGAUGCAAUCUCCAAUCUCAGAAUUACAUCAUUUGACACAA